AGUCUUUGCGCUUCCUGUGGAACGGUCAUUGCCCCAAACCCGGCAAACAUGUGCGUCAACUGUAUCCGCUCCGACGUCGAUAUCACCGAAGGAAUCCCAAAACAGGCCACAAUUCACUUUUGCCGUGGGUGCGACAGAUACCUGCAACCCCCCAAUAUCUGGGUCAAGGCCGAGCUGGAGAGCAGGGAGCUGCUUGCUCUGUGUCUGAAGAAACUGAAAGGGUUGGCGAAAGUGCGACUGGUGGACGCUGGGUUCAUUUGGACGGAGCCGCACUCGAAACGUGUCAAGGUCAAACUGACUAUUCAGAAGGAGGUGUUCGCAGCGACGAUCCUCCAACAAGUCUUCGUCACCGAAUUUAUAGUAGCCGGCCAAUACUGCGAGGAAUGUCAGCGAGUAGACGCCCAACUGACAUGGAAAGCGGUCGUGCAAGUGCGCCAAAAAGUGCAGCACAAGAGGACUUUCCUGUGGCUCGAGCAGCUGAUCCUGAAGCAUAACGCGCACAAGGAUACCACCAACAUUAAGGAAUACCGCGACGGUCUCGAUUUCUACUAUGUGCAACGAGGGCAUGCCCAGAAGAUGAUUGAGUUCUUGCAGGCCGUUGUGCCGUUGAAGAUGAAGACUUCCGAACAGUUGAUUUCGCAGGAUAUACAUAGCGGGACAAAGAACUUUAAGUUUACGUACUCUGUAGAGUUGGUGCCCAUUUGCAAGGACGACUUGGUAUGUCUUUCAGCAAAGCUCGCCCGCCAACUCUCCAACACGAACCCGCUCGUCAUCUGCAACCGCGUCAGCAACAGCGUCAACCUUCUCGACCCCAACACCCUCAAAAUCGCCGACAUGCGCGCCCAGGUCUACUGGGACGCGCCCUUCACCUCCCUCUGCGAAGCAAAAGACCUCGUCGAGUUCUACGUUAUCGACUCCACCCUCGAGGGCCCCCAGAACGGCCGGUACGCCCUGGGCACCGUCGAAGUCUGCCGCUCAACCGAUAUGUCCCGCACCUACCUCGUCCGCACCCACCUCGGCCGACUGCUCAACCCGGGCGACCACGUGCUGGGGUACGACCUCACACAUGCCAAUUUCAACAGCGAUAACUGGGACGCGCUCAACAGCGUUGGACGGUUGUCGGGCGGGAUUCCCGACGUUGUGCUGAUCCGCAAAUCCUACCCCAACGCACGCAAGAAGGGCAAGUCCCGUGGCUGGAAGCUCAAGUCCCUCGGCAAGGAGGAGGAGUUGGAGCUGGUUAACCGGUCCAAGGCCGAGAAGGCCCGUCAGGAGAUGGACUAUGAGCUGUUCUUGCGGGAUAUUGAGGAGGAUUCGGAGUUGAGAGGAAUGAUGAACUUGUACAAA